UUAGUUUUUUCGCCGUUUCUUCUCCUUUUCUAUUCAAAAUGAUUAUUGUUUAGGGUUUUUACUGUUCUUUGCAAUUUAGGGUUUUUGUCAAAACUUUAAAGAAUUGAUCAAUUUAGGGUUUUAUAAUUUGUUGAAGCAACUGGGUUUGGAGAGUUUAAAGCAGCGAUAUAUUGAAAGAAGACAAACAGGCGUAUGCGAGCUGUUGGACACAAAACUUAAAGGAAUUGAUCAAUUUAGCAUGGCUACUGCUGGUGAUAGUAGAAGUUUUUUAGUGAGAGUGCAUCAUGGUGGAAAGUUUGUUAGGGACCCUGGGUUGAGAUACUCAAAUGGAGAGAUGGAAGAUUAUGAAAUUUUUGAUAUUGAUAAGCUGAAUUAUCGUAGAAUAGUUAAUAUGGUGGCUCAGGUAGGUUAUGGAAAUUAUCCUAGAUUGUGGUGGCUUAGACCCGGGGGGAAAAUUGAUUGCGAUCUUAUAUACUUUUAUGAUGAUAGUGGGAUGCAUCAAUUGCUUAACACAAUGAAAAAUGGAGAAACUAUUGAUAUGUACUGCGAACACGCAGUAGAUCAUCCUGAAAUUAUAAACCAGUUGACAGAUGCCGAUAGUCACAAUGUGGAAGUAAUGGGUGAUUAUGAAGAUCUAGGUUACUUUGACAUUGAUGUAGACAUUGGUCCAAAUACAGAUGAUGAGAAUGAGGAAUUAGCAUCAGCUAGAGAGAAAAAGAAAACCUAUGCGGAAGAACAAAAGGCUGAAGAUCUUGAGAGCAGCGAUGAAGAGGAUACUGUUGAACCUGAAGUAGUCUCUUCAAACCCAGACCGUGCUGUCCUUGAAGAAGUGGGUUCUGAUAUAGAGUAUCAAAAUGUGGAUGAUGGUUAUGAAAGUAUAGAUGAAGAAGCUGACAAUCAAGGAAAUUCUGUUUUGAGAGUUAAGAAAACAAGAAAAGUCUUGUACAACCCGAAUGUGAAUGCACAAUCAUUUCUUGUAGGUAUGGUGUUCAAGAAUAUGAAAGAGUUUAAACUAGCAUGCACAAAAUAUUCUAUACUUAGGGGAGUUGACAUAGACUUUGUUAGGAAUGAAAAAGAUAGAGUGAGGGCUGUUUGUUGCUUUAAAAACUGUCCCUGGCUAUGCUUUGCGAGCAAAGAAGGCAACACAGGUGAUGUUAAGAUCAAGAAAUACAUUCCUAAACAUAUGUGCAUGAAAUCAUUCACCAACAGAAGGAUUACAUCUAAGUAUCUAGCAUUCCAUUUAAGAGAAGUCAUUGAGAAUAAACCUUCAAUUAGGGUUACUGUAUUAAGAGAAAUGGCUAAGCAGGACUUGAAGUUUGAAAUUGGUUACUACAUGGUGAAGAGGGCAAAGCAACAGGUGCUACAAGAGACAAAAGGGAACUAUGUGAAAGAGUAUGCUACCCUACAUGAUUAUGCACAAGAAAUUAGGGAAACAAAUAUAGGCUCUACAGUGGUUGUACUACCUAUAAGAGGGACCAAUCAAUUUGAUUUUUUCUAUGUGUGUUUUGAUGCAUUGAAGAAAGGUUGGAAGCAAGGAUGUAGGCCAGUGAUUGGGAUGGAUGGAUGUUUCCUAAAAACUGAAUGUGGGGGUCAAUUAUUGACAGCUGUUGGAAGAGAUGGAAAUGAUCAGCAAUUUCCUAUAGCCUGGGCGGUCGUUAAAGUUGAGAAUAAACAGACGUGGACAUGGUUCAUAAAGCUAUUAAAAACUGAUUUAGAAAUUACUGAUGGAGAUGGACUUGUAGUUGUGACAGACAUGCAAAAGCCACGGGGCAGACCUAAAAAAAAUAGAAGAAAGGAACCGGAUGAGCCCAAGAAAGCCGGAAAAUUGUCUAAGAAAGGGAUUUCGAUUAAGUGUAGUGUUUGCCGUGAAUAUGGACACAAUAAGAAUGGUUGUAAGAACCGCGUCAAAGCUCAAACCAAUCAAACUUCAGGAAAUCCUACAUCAGAAAAUUUGAACCAAUCUGAUGCUGAAAUAGCUAAGGAAUAUUACUUCCACUAUGAAAAACCAGAGAAUGUACCGUCUUCGGAGAACAUUGUACAAGAUCUUUUAACAAGAGCUGCAAAUAAGGAGUCUCAAACUACAAGCAAAGAUCAAGAACAUAAAGAAGCAAGCACCAAAAAGAAGAAAAAUGCAAAAGAACCUACUGGGAUUAUCUUUGAAGGAGGAAGGGCAUCCAUAGAUAGUGUUUUUUUCCUAGAAAAUUUCCACAAGGAGAAGGUUUCAUAUGACAAAGAGCAAAUGAGGACUAUCGGACUAGUACAGCCACCAGCUUCAUAUCAAGGGAAUCCCUCAUAUGGAAGAUUUAAGUCACCAGGCUUGAGGUGGGAUGGUAGUCCAGCAGUUACCGUGAAUCAAUUGCAAGCUGAUGUUGAAAGAGCAAAAAGAAGUAGAAAUCCAAGUGACGAAACACAAGCAGCAAUGGCAUCUCAAUCAAAAGAGGGCAAUCAAACAACAGAUGCACAAAGGACACAUAAGAUGCAAAAGACUAGGCCUACAUGGAGGCCAUGAGUUUUGAAAAAAAAAGAAUAGUAUUUUGCUUUUUGCUGGACCUUAGGUCUAUUUUGAAUCCAACAUAGUUGCACAGCUUAAUUUUGUGUUCUUAAAACACAUCUAGCUGUAAUUGCAGAUUGAGUUUGUUUUUGGUUUUUGUAAUCUGCAGCUGCACUAGUUUGAUUUUGGUAUAGCUUAUACGUGCAUAGGGGAGUCCUGUUUUUGGAAAACAAUGCACAUAUGACAUUGCUUUAUAUUAUUGUAAGUUUAUAUGCAACUUAUGUGCACAGGUCAAACAUGUGUUUUAUAGUAUGUUCAAAUACAAUUUGCAGGUUUAGUUUAUGAUUUAUAACAGCUUUUAUGUAUUUUCAGA